CGGCGACCACGUCAGAGCACCCACGGAUGAUCCAAGGCGUCUUCUACAGCGAGUUCGACAACAUCGCGGGGCCGCAGAUCGUGUACCAAGCUCCGCAAAAUGCGUUGAGCAAUGAAGUCUUUGACAGCGUUUCGGGGUACAUUAUCAUUGACAAGGCGCUGUGCGGCAAGAUUAUCACAGUGUGUCCGCAAGACAUCAAGAUCGUCGGGUACCCAGUUUGCAUCGAAGACGACAAGUACCAUCGCAACGCGUUGCUCUUCAACAUCGGUUUUGUAUUUGACAAGGACGCGGAUGCAGCGCCGUACAAACCGAUCCUUCGCAAACUGGGCGCGUUGAUGGAAAGCAUGGAGAAAGAGAUGGGGUUUCUCUCAAAGGAAUCGACCAAAGCCACUCUCUCGACGAUCCUUCCGUCCAUCUUGCACGACCUGACCAUGUACGGCGAAAGUACGACCACGAUCGACCCGGCCAACAUCAUCAACCUCAAAGUAUUCCAAAAGCUGCCGCCGCCUCCUGACGUGUUCGAACACCAAGUUCCCGUCGCGAUUCGAGACCUCCACGAUUUGCUCAAAAACAGUGUGGAAUGGGACCUGGCACUGCAGAAGAUCGUCCCACACAUUGACGGCGUCAACUACGUCAAGCGCAUCGCGAUUGCUGCCGAAGUCGACGUUGCUAUCGUCAAAAACUGCAUGCGCCAGCUGCUCUUCUACGGAUGCAUCACGAUGAUCGACAUCUUCAUGCAUUCCAACAUCUACGCCACGACCAGCGCAGUGCACUCGCUCGUGAACGACUUAGUCCUUCAACAAGAGUGCAUUGCGUACAUUGGCUAUGCGAAUGAACCUGCGCCGUCUUUUUCGGCGGUGUUCUCGCUAUACUGCGCUCUUCAGCCCAACACCCCUGUUGCUCAUGUUUGGAAGUCGCAUCACAAGCUGCUCGCGCAUAUCGAUGUGCGCCGACUGAUAACGUUUGGCCUAAUCCAUGGCAUCCUGCGGCGUAUUCACCGGUACCCUGUGAUCAUCGAUCGGCUGUCAUCAAGGCCGCCGCAGAUGCUGUCAUCGUCGCCGUCUACAGUGAGCCUACAAUCGGCGACACUGACCAACGGCAGCAAUGCAGUCAUGGCCAUCCGAAAAGCAGCGACCCCACAUCAUGGUAUGGAUGUUUUGACAGGACUUGUGACAUCGCUUACAACGUGGAGGAAACAAUGGCGCUCGAUCGCCGCUAAUCGACCGGGAAGCCGUGAAGAAAAUGAUGGACGGCGAGCACCACACGGACGAGAUCUGUUGCGUCCACAUGAUCCGGUACUCGGACUUGGAAAGACUGCUUGAGGGCGAAUCAUGCUGCUAUGUACUGAAGUAAGCCGAGACUUCCCCAGCACGACUCGGUGUGCAAAUGGACUGUCCGUGUUCAUUGACUCGGGGUCGUCUGUCUUCCGAGUCCAGUCUUCCGAACCAACGUGAGGUCUGCGGCAGGAGCGGCAUGGCAAACCGUUUCGAUUUGGCGUUGGCACAUUUAAAUAUACUCCAAAAAGAGGAUUUAUCUACAUAUUUGUAAG